AUGUCGAGAAACGGACGAAUGGCUUCUUCCGAUCUUAGUAGAGCGGGUCCAGUCACGAGAGAUAUUGAGCAGGCUAUCACUGCCCUUAAAAAAGGAGCUUAUUUGCUUAAGUAUGGAAGAAGGGGAAAGCCUAAGUUCUGUCCAUUUCGCCUUUCGAAUGAUGAAUCUGUUUUAAUAUGGUUCUCGGGAAAGGAAGAGAAACAUUUGAAGCUGAGCCAUGUUUCCAGGAUCAUAUCUGGGCAGCGCACUCCUAUUUUUCAGAGAUAUCCACGUCCCGAAAAGGAAUAUCAGUCGUUUUCCCUAAUAUACAACGAGAGGUCACUGGAUUUGAUAUGCAAGGAUAAAGAUGAGGCGGAAGUGUGGUUUAGUGGUUUAAAAGCCUUGGUCUCUCGUUGUUAUCAACGGAAAUGGAGGACCGAAUCGAGAAGUGAUGGGACGCCAUCCGAAGCUAAUAGUCCAAGAACAUAUACCCGGAGAAGCUCCCCUUUACAUUCUCCAUUUAGCAGCAAUGAAAGUUUCCAGAAGGAUGGCUCUAAUCACCGUCUUCACAGUCCAUAUGGAAGCCCGCCUAAGAAUGGCAUUGACAAGGCAUUUUCAGACAUGUCAUUGUAUGCAGUUCCUCCAAAAGGAUUUUUUCCCUCAGAUUCGGCAACUAUUUCAGUCCACUCUCUGUCAUCUGGAGGCUCUGAAUCCAUACAUGGUCACAUGAAAGGUAUGGGUAUGGAUGCUUUUAGAGUUAGUCUGUCAAGUGCUAUUAGUUCGUCGAGCCAUGGUUCUGGUCAUGAUGAUGGAGACGCAUUGGGAGACGUUUUCAUUUGGGGAGAAGGAAUAGGCGAAGGUGUUUUGGCUGGUGGGAACCAUAGAGUUGGAAGUUCGCUUGCAAUCAAAAUGGAUUCUUUAUUGCCAAAAGCUUUAGAAUCUACUAUAGUACUUGAUGUCCAGAAUAUUGCUUGUGGUGGACAGCAUGCUGUUCUUGUGACAAAGCAAGGAGAGAGUUUUUCUUGGGGAGAAGAAUCUGAAGGUAGGCUUGGCCAUGGUGUAGAUUCCGAUGUUCAGCAUCCAAAGCUCAUUGAUGCACUAGGCACCACAAAUAUUGAGCUUGUAGCAUGUGGCGAAUACCAUAGUUGUGCAGUUUCUCUAUCGGGGGAUUUGUAUACCUGGGGUAAAGGAGAUUUUGGUAUCUUGGGACAUGGAAAUGAAGUCAGUCAUUGGGUCCCAAAAAGGGUAAAUUUUCUGAUGGAAGGGAUACAUGUAUCAUCCAUCGCUUGUGGACCUUACCACACAGCUGUUGUUACUUCUGCUGGGCAGUUGUUUACUUUUGGGGAUGGGACCUUUGGUGUUUUGGGCCACGGAGACAGGAAAAGUGUUUUCAUACCUAGAGAGGUAGACUCCUUGAAAGGUCUUCGCACUGUCCGGGCAGCCUGUGGUGUAUGGCACACAGCUGCGGUUGUGGAAGUCAUGGUUGGGAGCUCGAGCUCUAGCAGCUGUUCCUCGGGAAAGCUCUUUACAUGGGGUGAUGGUGACAAGAAUCGUCUUGGUCACGGUGACAAAGAACCAAAACUUGUGCCUACCUGUGUCGCAGCUCUUGUAGAACCCAAUUUUUGUCAAGUUGUGUGUGGACAUAGCCUAACAGUUGCACUUACAACGUCGGGCCAUGUCUAUACUAUGGGUAGUCCUGUUUAUGGCCAGCUUGGAAACCCCCAUGCAGAUGGAAAGGUUCCAGCUCGAGUUGAAGGUAAACUUCACAAGAGUUUUGUCGAAGAGAUUGCUUGCGGUGCUUAUCAUGUUGCAGUUUUGACUUCAAGGACUGAGGUUUACACUUGGGGAAAAGGAUCAAAUGGUAGAUUAGGCCAUGGGGAUGUUGAUGAUAGAAAUUCACCGACAUUGGUUGAGUCACUGAAAGACAAACAGGUGAAAAGUAUUGCCUGUGGUUCUAAUUUCACUGCAGCUGUCUGCCUUCACAAGUGGGCAUCAGGGAUGGAUCAGUCCAUGUGUUCUGGUUGCCGCCAGCCUUUCAAUUUCAAGAGAAAGCGGCACAAUUGCUAUAACUGUGGACUUGUGUUUUGCCAUUCUUGCAGUAACAAAAAGUCCCUGAAGGCUUGUAUGGCACCGAACCCGAACAAACCAUAUCGAGUGUGUGACAAGUGUUUUAACAAAUUGAAAAAGGCCAUUGAAACUGAUCCAUCAUCUCAUUCUUCUCUGAGUCGUAGAGAAAGUGUCAAUCAGGGAUCAGAAGCAAUUGACAGAGAUGAGAAGUUGGAUUCUAGAUCCGACGGACAGUUAGCUAGAUUCUCAUUGUUGGAGCCCAUUAGGCAAGUAGACAGUCGAUCCAAGAAGAAUAAGAAAUACGAAUUCAAUAGUAGUCGCGUCUCACCAAUACCAAGUGGAGGCUCUCACCGGGGUUCUCUAAACAUAACCAAGUCUUUUAAUCCAACUUUUGGAUCAUCAAAGAAGUUCUUCUCUGCGUCUGUUCCUGGUUCUAGAAUUGCGUCUCGGGCAACUUCACCAAUAUCAAGACGUCCUAGCCCACCUCGCUCAACAACGCCAACGCCCACUCUUUCGGGACUAACUACACCAAAGAUUGUCGUGGAUGAUACCAAGAGAACCAAUGAUAGCCACCUAAGCCAGGAGGUUAUUAUGCUAAGAUCUCAAGUUGAAAAUCUUACACGGAAGGCACAGCUUCAAGAAAUUGAACUGGAAAGAACAACCAAACAGCUUAAGGAGGCACUGGCAAUUGCUAGUGAAGAAACAGCGAGAUGCAAGGCAGCAAAAGAAGUGAUUAAAUCACUUACCGCUCAAUUGAAAGACAUGGCUGAAAGAUUACCUGUUGGAUCAGCUCAUACAAUCAAGUCUCCUUCUCUGAAUUCAUUUGGUUCCAGCCCUGAUUACACUGCCCCUUCUUCUAACACCUUAAACCGUCCAAACAGUCGGGAAACUGAACCCGAUGGCCUAAACACCGUCCCAAUGAUUUCUAACGGGACCAGCACGCCUGUUUUUGAUGGUGCAACAAAAGAAAGUGAAACCCGUAACGAAAACGAAUGGGUUGAACAAGAUGAACCUGGUGUGUACAUCACCCUCACAGCCUUAGCAGGAGGCACUAGGGAUCUCAAACGUGUCCGUUUCAGCCGAAAAAGGUUUAGCGAGAAACAAGCAGAAGAGUGGUGGGCAGAGAAUAGAGGACGAGUUUACGAACAAUACAAUGUACGAAUAGUCGUUGACAAAUCCAGUGUGGGUGUAGAAAGUGAAGACUUGACUCAUUGA